UGUUGUGGUGCUGAUGCUGUUGUGUGGGCCAGAGUGGAUGGCGAGUGAAGAGUCUGGGAAGAUUGUGAAUGAUGCUCUGUUGAAAGGGGGAAGUGCCUUAAUUGACUGUUGAAUCGAUCACUUCCUGGUCCCUCUGCCUGCCCUGCUCUGCCCAGCUGAUGUUACUCUGCCUCAGUCUGGCCAUGGAGUACAACGAGGAUGGAGAACAGUGGAGGGAGGAGGAGGAUGGAGAGAAGUGGAUGGAAGACCAGUGGGAGAAAUGGUACAGUAGGGCUGCACUUCUAGAGUUAAACCAGGGUAGUAUUCAUUAGGGCAAAACGUAACAAAAUGUUUUGCAAUGGAAAACAAAAACAAGUGUUUAUGUUUGGACUACUUCAAGUGAUUCCAUCCCAGUUUCAGUCCAUAUUUUCCAUUUGGUGACUAAUUAAUGUCUCAGGCUGAGUUAUAGACCUUUACCUGGGGUAAAGAUUCACUGUGCAUAGUCUCAUCAGAGGGUUCUUUUCUAACAGGGUAACAGCAGAAGCCAGGAUGCCUUAUUUAGAUGUGAUAUGGUGUGAAAUCAGAGAGAUAUUAACGGUUGUAGGAUAUUAUGUCCAAUGAUAGACUGCUUCCUGGAAAACCUCUACUAUGCUAUUAGGAUGCUUUAAAAAGUUGUACCAGGAAAUGUUGUCCACAUUAUGUAAACAAAGUAUGUGCUGUAAAUACUAGCAGCUUCCCACCUAAGGUAAUGAAUUACAAGGCCGGAAGUCAAAGGUAUAGAAUUAACAUGAAUUCAGUGCAUAACAUUAGUAGCUUUGCAUAACAUACCGAUUCAUGUAUUUCCUAAGUAUGGAACCACAGACCACUGUGCUACAAGUUUUACAUAGUCGGUUUCAUAUUUGUUGUCAAGCAUUUCUGCACAAUGCAUAUGAGAAAUGAAGAUACAUUAUGUGUAUGCUGCGCAGCUCUUUUUGAACGACAAUAUUUAAUCUGGGGUGUAUUCAUUAAGUCUCGCAACGGAAACCGUUUACAGUUUUAAGAACCAAACGGAAGCAAACAAAACGGGGAGGGACCUACCUGAAUUUGUCCAAUAGAAACUCUUGUUUUCGUUGCAAACCGUUUUCUGUUUAGAGUAAACGGUUUCUGUUGCAAAACGUUUUGCACCAGACAAAACAUUUUGCAACAGAAUCGGCGUAAUGAAUACAUCCCUGGUAAGCAGAGGUAGGUAGUGAAAGUCUGACUGGUGUAGUAAUUGAAGAAGAACAGCCUAAGCGGGACAUGCAGCGGCCUUGUGUUUACUGGAUAAGCAAACCAGCCCCUUUGCCAUAAAAGUCCAGACUGCUUGGCAGUAAUGCACUAUGCUGAUGUACAUGGAAGUCAUACUAUUCUCUCUCUCUCUCUCUCUCUCUCUUUCUCUCUCCACGCAUUCUCUCUCUACAACAAUUUUAAUGUGUUAUAGGGUUUAUUAGAGCAUUUUGAUAUCACAGAUGGUUGUCCACCUGGCAUGUAGAGUAGAAGUAUAUUCUGGCAGUACCUUACUUUGACUGCCAUUAUAAAAUGAAAGUAUGACUGAUCUGCAGACAGACACGCCUGUGUUUACCCUUUGAUAAUAAUAAUAUGGCAUUUAGCAGACGCUUUUAUCCAAAGCGACUUACAGUCAUGUGUGCAUACAUUUUUACGUAUGAGUGGUCCCGGGGAUCAAACCCACUACCCUGGCGUUACAAGCGCCAUGCUCUACCAAUUGAGCUACAGAGAACGUGGUGUGUGUUCACCCCUCUCAUUGAUGUGUGUGUGUGUGUGUGACGUGUGUGUCCAGGCUGACAUCAGCCUGGAGGAGUUUGAGGACGAGGAUCUCUCUCAGGUCACAGAGAUCACUGACGAGGCUGGAGCAAGCCUCAACUACGACGACCUUGACUCACAGGUAAGAUAAUCUACAUGUACACACACCAGACCUGGGUUCAAAUACUGUUUGGGUUUGCAGUUUUGCGACUUAUAUUGGUCCAUUAAGCCAGGCAAGCUCAAUCAAGCACAGAUCAAGUAUUUGCAAUUAUUUCAAAUAAUAUCUGAACCCAGGUCUGGUACACACAGCCUCAAGCUCCUCUGCACCUGCUUCCCUCAACUAACUCCCCCCUACCUCCCUUCGACCACAAUGCACUCUGUUUGACUUGACUCUGCUGUAGUCUACUUUUCAUAAUAUGAAUGUUCAUAAUAGAAUAUAGAAUGUUGAGACAUUUAGAUAAAUGUUGCUCCCAUCGUGUGAUUUUAUUUUGUGAGGUGAGAAUGAGAGUAGCUGCAGCAAUAGAAGAAUCUGAGUAAAGUCCAGAGUCACUUAUCAGAUGAAUGAUUGCAGGCAGGGAUAGUCCUGAUACACCUGGUCCAGAGCUAAGUAGAUCUAACAUAUGACUCAUCGUUACAGCCUGGUCAUCACUUCAUUUCCCGCAGCCUUUAGCCAUGCAGAGAUUCUACUACACUAGCUGCUUGGGCAAACUGUCAUUUUAAUAUCAGUCAAAUGGAGACUUCAGAACAGGCAUUCGCUUAGGGGAAGGUUGUAGGAUUUUUAGGAUGCCAUUGAUGUAGCCUCCAGUAGGUUUGUGUACAUCUUAAUAUUUUGUGGUUAAUUAAAUGAUUCAGUAUUAACAUUAUCAUUAGAUUUGACAUCAGUGUAAAGACAGUAAGGGUGUUACACACUGGUGUUGUAUUCCUCACAGAACAAAACAAUAGCCCAGCCCUGCCUGUGUUUGUUUUCAGGGAGGUUUAUCCUGCUACAGUAUGAUUGGAUUAGAAUGACAUUACAGUGAGCAAGAGAGAGAAAGAGCCACAGACUCUGCUGAUGUCAUUGGCGAUCGCUGAUUGGCUGGCUCCGUCUCUGCUCUCUCCCCCUCCCUCCCUCUGCUCUCCUCCUCACUGAAUCAUUCUCUCUCUCUCUGCUGCAACGCUGAUGCUGCCUGGAUCUUCCCAGGACCAUGUGACGUGGCCAGCCAGUAGCGAGGCCGGGAAGGCAGACGGGCGGGGAUUCAGGGAAUUGCAGGCGGAGAUGCUCCACUUGGACCUGAUCGACGCUGAGGAGGAUAUCCAAGAGGAAGUGGAGCACUGGGGCCUGAUCCAUGGUUCCCAAGACGACCACAGGCUCAACCAGGAAGAGAGAGGGUGCGUCGUUCUAACGCCUGUCAGACAGAAACAGACUAAUGUGAUAGAAUCAGAAUCUGCGGAACAUCCGGUCGCUAUGGAUACGUACAGGCCCAAGAGACCCACCACCCUAGCGCUGUUUCCACAGGUGCAGCCUCAGCCUCCCAGGACUCAGGUGAGGGCUGUUUCUUUCUACCCUGUGAGGACACGGAUCAUCAGAUCAUCCGUUUGGUUCAAAUAAUGUUGGAUUAGAUACAGAAUAGAUGAAGAUGUAGAGGGCCUGCUUCUAUAUCUGCCCUGUAAUGACAGAUUAAAUUAUGUCUGUUUCAACGAUCAGAUUUGACAGGAUAGGAUCUGUAUAGGAGGUGUAGAGGCUGGUAGCUUACCGAGCACCAAUAUACAGUAGAGAUCCUGCUCUUCUCCUCUGUGAUUCCAUAUCAUCUGUUUGGUUUAAAUCAUUCAUGGGAGAUCAGAUAGAAUGGGAUCUGUAUCGAGGCAGUUACCCAGGCACCGAUACACAGACCUCCUGUCAUGUAAAUGUCUUCAGUUUAACUGUUAAUGUCUUUAAAUGAAAAGGAUGAUCAUUUCUCAUUAUUUGCUAACGUGUAUUUGGAUAUCAUAGUGCUGAAACUGUUGUGGUUCUCAAUCAAGGCAUUGUUACAGUAGAGGGAAUGUUCAUUCAUGUGGUAAUGAAUGUGCUCUUACUCCCUCUAGUUGACUGAGCCAGUGUUUACGACUGUGUAUGUAGCAUAUGCUCCUUUCCUUGGUCUUUGCUGUCUGAAAAUAGAACUCCCCUUCUGUGAGUCUGUCAGCUUCCCUGUCAGCUGAAUGGCAACAGACAGGGAAGUAAGGGUGUGCUCACCAUGGAUAACAAUGGAAAAGGACAGGUCAGAGUCCGUCAGUCCAACGGCAGGGCGGUUUACAAUGACAAUCCUAUGUGCAAUGGGUAGAGGAAUGAGGAUAAUCUUUCAUCCCUUGCAUGUCAUGUUGAUCUGUAGAAGAUCUUUGAUCUUUCCCUCAGAAUACACCUCUUGCCAGAGUGCUAUCCUGUAGGCUAGUUAGUAUUUAUCGUGACUAAACAGGGUUUGUUAACGCCUGCAUGCUUUGACAUAGUCUAGUGAGCUACAGUCCUGACUUCAUGGAAGAAGUGUACGACGAGGAGAGGGCUGUCAUUUCUCUGAAGUAGACUUGGAAUGAUUUCAGUAAUUGCCCACAAUGCUCAGCACAACUGAGUCUCUCUAGUAGUAUAAUAUACUUCCUUCUCAGAGUGCACAUUGAAGUUUGACUGUUUCAUCUUUAACCUAGGCUAUUAGUACAAUUAUUGUCAUGCAUGUCCAGUAUGUAGCCUAAGAAUGAUAUGAACUCACCCAAACAGCCCCAACCCUUUCCAGUUAUAAUCAGUUAUGACCAUCUAAAUAAUCAGUUACAACCAGUUGAAACCAGUAAUAAUCAGUUAUCACCAGUUGUUACGAUGGUAAAAAGAAAAGGUCCAGAAAAUAUAUUUCAUGAUGAGCACAAUGUCUUUCUGAGUAUGUAGUGAAAUUCACAGAAGAUCAGGAAAUAUCAGGAUAAGGUGGCCAGAUGUAGGAUAACAACCUGCUACAGCUCCAGUAUUUCACUGACUGGUUAAUCUUGAUCCUGUCAGGGUUCCUUCCCAUCAGAUAACCUAACAUCACUUCCAUGUCUGGGGAUGAUAGAGAGAGGCCCGCUGUGUGUGUGUGUGUGUGUGUGUGUGUGUGUGUGUGUGUGUGGCAGAACUGGGUUCAAAUAGCACUUGAAAUCAUUAAAAUACUUCAGCUGUGCUUGUUUUUACACUUGCCUGGUUUAAUGGACCAAUAGCAUAGUCCCAAAACAUCAAACCCCGCUCCUCUGGCACUCUAGGCAGGCUAAAGCAAAUGCUAAACAUAUUUGAAAGAUUUCAAAUAGUAUUUGAACCCAUGGCAGCAUGGUUCAUGAGGAGGAUAGAGGGAGGCCUGUGUGGAUGCCGUUCCUCAGGCAGUGUAAUUCCUAAUUCUGGCCCUGUCAGUCCUGGUCACGUCUCUGUGUGUGGCACGGCCUGAACUCUGCUCCUGAGCCCUGCUGCUCGUGAUCUCACCCUGUGUUGGGGUCGGAGAGGAUUAGGCUAACCAUGUUUUAUGUCUCACUCCUACAGUCAGAGUGGUAGCCUGAUACAGACAGAGACACUUCAUCCAUAAGGAGCUAUUCUCAAGAACUGUGGAAUAGGCAGUGAAAUCGGCGUAAUAGCCUGGUCCCAGAUCUGUUUCUGUAGCAAGACCGCACAAACUUGUGCUGUAGCAAUGCAGCACUUAGCCUGGUCCCAGAUCUGUUAUCUGAAUGUUGGCACUACCUAUUUUCAGAUCCCCCUCCAGAUCAAGUGUCUCUAUACCACACCCAGUCAGGUUUAUAAUGUGUUCAAGGUGAACGAGUACAUUGGAGGAUUUAGCUUUUUGUUUAGACUAGAGAGAGGGACUCCCAGCCAUAUGUCACCAUGGCUGUUGCCGUCACUACGUGUCCCACCUGGUUACAUCAGGCUGUUGUGAGGGAUGGGUUGAGCUGUGUGUGUGUGUGGGUAGCCAAUGGAGCUUAUGGAGCUCAAGGCAGUUCAAUUAUCAUGACAGCCAUCGUAGUUGUUUAUUUCAGCUGUGCUUUUCAUAAGCCAUAGCCACUUAUCUGAUCAUGGAUAUUCGACAUGGCACCUACCAGACUCUUAUUAUGAUUGCUAAAUACUGCACCAUUUAAAUACUUGCCCCCCAUCCCCCCUUCCCCAAAACACAUGUAAAUAUUGGACUAUAAAUUGUGCCUUCCUGUAUUAUACUGAUGCUAAAAUGUUUAUUAUAGUCUACUGCCAUUGACUUUAUGUUCAUAUUCUUAUAUUUUAUUAUUUCUUAUUGUUGUUGCAUUGUCCAGAAGGAACCUGCAAGUAAGCAUUUCAUUGGACGGUGUAUACCACACGUAUCCCGUACAUAUGACUAAUAAAACUUGAAACUAUAGGGAAUCCACUGUUAACUGUGCCAGGUGAUGUGUCUAACAUCUCAAUAGACUUGUAUCUCAGAGGAAAUAUGUCUAGGCUGUAGCGUGGGCUAACCUGGUUAUGUUGGUGCCAUGAAUCAGAUUACACAGUUGAUGGGUAUCAGCUUCUGGGGGUGAAGUCUUCCAGAGGUUCCAGCUAUGAUGAGUAAUCCAGCUAGGUUCUAAUGAUGAGAAACCUUACUGGAGACAUGAAGACUUGUUAGCUACCAGAGGGCUAACACAGUAAGUAAUGAGUUUGAUACCCGGGGGAUUUCAUGAACUCCAAAAUGACUCUCCUUUAUUUCAUAAAUAGAACCAAUUCUUCACGAGGAACAUUUCAACAUCAAACUGUUCUAUCAGCACACACACACACACACACCAAAUAAACACACACACACUCUCUCUUUCCUCCGGGUUGUGGGGCACGGUAACCAUGGUAACCGUGGCAGUGCCCGGCAGCAGCAGCUGCAUCACCACAGUGAGUCAGCACCAUCACUGUGAAUGGUCUCUAUGACAGACAGUGAGCUGUGUUAGUGUAGGAGCCUUGACUUCCUCCUCUUUACUGGCUCAUUCCUGAUUCCUCUUCCUGGCAGCCGGAUCAGAUUGUGGUGGCGUGUGUGAUGUCAUCAGUGCUUGGUUAGUCUCGCGCAGAGCCAUAUAUUUAGAUGGGUUUAGAUUUAGGUGGCUCUGGUUCUUCAUUCGGCUGCAGGAAGCCUGGAACGGAGUCUAGGGCUGGGUAUAUGUGAUUGGAAACUGAGACAGUCAUUGAUCGUAGUGCUGCUUGGCUAAAAGAGCUGUGGGCUGGGCGGGACUGGGCUGGACUGGCUCUCUGGUAAUAAUAGAGAAUAAAAAAACAGCCAUAGCUAGGCAAAACAACACUCAGGCUUUCUAAAAGCCACUCCUUUGUGUGUGUGCUUGUGCACUGUGCACACUCUUAAAGGGUGAUGUAAUGUUUAUCAAAUUUAAAAUGUAACUCUCUCUCCCUCUCUUCUCUCUCUCUCUCUCUCUCUCUCUCUCUCUCUCCUCCUCUCUCUCUCUCUCUCUCUCUCUCCUCUCUCUCUCUCUCUCUCCUCUCUCUCUCUCUCUCUCUCUCCUCUCUCUCUCUCUCUCUCUCUCUGUGUGUCUGUAAUAUCACUGUAGGACAAGGACACCAUUAACAACAACUCGUUUGGAAAGAAGGACACGUGGAAGGACAAUGUAUCAAACUCAAACUCCUCCUCCCCCCACAUAACAGGUGAGAAUGGAAUAUCCACUGGUUUAAACCAUAAACAUCUACUGGUAGACAGUACUUUCUUUUAAGAAUAAUACCAACAUCAACUUUAAACAAAGCAACAAUGUUUGAUUUUGCAGAAGUUAAAGUAUUAAGGAAAUGUAUAAUUAAGUCUGCUAAAUGACGUAAAUGUAAAUGUAAUUAAUCAUUAAUAAUUUUCUAUGAAAUUUGUCUAGACACGUUUUAUUUAAUGUCAAUGAGCACAGAGUAAUUGCACAUAUUGUAGCCAAUGCGACCGUAUUUCACCAUACUCUACUCCGCUCAUUCCUUCAUAAAAUGACUGUGGGAACAUGGGAACAUGGAAGCCCAGCGCUUUCUCAGUAUUCUCAUAUUUCUGUAUAACAGAACAUGUUGGAUUCGAAACACACCAAUGGCUCUCAUUCUGAAACUCUAUACAGUAUGCAGAAUGGAUCCUAUUAUUACUGUAGCCCUUAAUAAUCCUUCACUGUAAAGUUUGGUGACUAAUGAAUAAUCUUUUGUUUUUGCGUGCGUUGUUGUUGUGUUUCUUUGUGUGCCUCGUGUGUGUUAAAGGGGAUCUAACGCCCACUAAUGAGCAGGUGAAUGACGAGGCUGUGCAGCAGCACAACGGUGACGGCUCCGUGGCCAAACCACCACAAAACAGAGGGACAGAGAAGGCAGUCAAGGCACACAGCAAGGACUACGCCACGUUCAUCUCACACGGAGCUACAGAAACACGGGGCCGACAGCGAGACGCCAAACAGCGGACUAAGAAGCCCUCCGCUGCUCCACACAACCAGGUUAAAGCAGCAAAACCCAAAGCAGGCAGCAUGAGAGACACUGCUGUGGAGGGGGACAGGAAUAGGGACGGUAGCAGGGGGCAAGGUGGAGGACAGGGGCGAGGGCAGGUUCGGGGCUGCUGCCAGGAGGAGGAGCUCCAGCCAGAGGCCACUGAGGAGAUCUACCUGACCCCGGUACACCAGAAGAACCCUGACACUGACUGUGACACUGUCCGUCCCUUCCUGUCUCAAAGCAGCGAGGGCAAUCGCAUGUCCAUCAGCUCCGAUGCAGAGGGACCCCCAGCAUACCCAAACACCGCCCUCCCCGACCGAACAAACCCCUCCAUCAGCGAGGAGGACGAGGUCUACCUGCACCCCUCUGCACCUCCUCCACGCUCCUCCUCCUCGUGCUUUAGGCCAUCCGUCAGUGAGGGAGGGGACCAGGACAGGGGGGUGUGUGACAGAGGCUCUAAGUGUAGAUCUAAGGGUGAGUUGGGGGCUCUGCGGACUCGGAGCGCCGAGGCCGAUGGCCUGUCUUAUGACUCUGUAAAGUACACCCUGGUGGUGGACGAGCACGCCCAGCUAGAACUGGUGAGCUUGAAGCAGUGUUACCAUAGCUACAGUGAGGACAGCGACACAGAGACAGUGUAUGAGUCAGCCAACGAGGAGGAGGACUAUGAGGUGGAUCGCAGCGAGCUGAAAAGAGAAAGGAGAAAGUCAUCACGCUUGUCCAGGGCUGCUUCGUCAUCUGAGGCAGGGGUUGGCGGGGGACCUCGAACACGCAAGUUCCUCAAUGUGUUUGUGAACGGACAUUUACGCUCCUCUGGUGAGUUCUAUGACCGGCUGCUGCCAUCCUUUUUUUUUAUUUUCUUUUUAAACCUUUAUUGAACCAGGAAGUCUCUUGGGAUGAAUAACCUUUUUUCGAGGGAGACCUGGCUCAAGGUUAUGUUAUUUCUCAGUUGUAUUGCAAUUUCAUUGAAACCAUAUUUCUGAAGGAAGAAACAUUAGAUUACCACUUACUACACAGGAGCUACAAAGGUUCAAGAAUGACCAGUCCCCAAAGUCACUCCCGUAUCAGGUUUUUUUGGCACUAUUAAUGUACUAGGGCCAUAAAGCUCUUCUCCUGCCUUGUGUCCUCCAGGUGCAGAGUCCUUUGGCCUGUUCUCCUGUGUGUUAGAUGGGGUAGAGAAGGAGCAGAGCCACAGAGCUGUGUUCAGGUGAGACAUUGUCUGGGGUUACUCUGUAUAAUAACCUUCAUGAAUAAGCCAUUAUACAGUUCAUUCAGAAAGUAUUCAGACCCCUUUACUUUUUCCACAUUUUGUUACGUUACAGCCUUAUUCUAAAAUUGAUUAAAUAGUUUUUUCCCCUCAUCAAUCUACACCAAAUACCCCAUAAUGACAAAGCAAAAACAGGUUUUUAGAAAUGUUAGCAAAUGUUUUAAAAAUUUAAAAUAUUACAUUUACAUAAGUAUUCAGACCCUUUACUCAAUACUUUGUUGAAGCACCUUUGGCAGCGAUUACAGCCUCGAGUCUUCUUGGGUAUGUCGGUACAAGCUUGGCACACCUGUAUUUGGAGAGUUUCUCCCAUUCUUCUCUGCAGAUCCUCUCAAGCUAUUUGCAGGUCUCUCCAGAGAUGUUCGAUCAGGCUCAAGUCCGUGCACUGGCUGGGCAACUCAAGGACAUUCAGAGACUUGUCCCGAAGCCACUCCUGCAUUGUCUUGGCUGUGUGUUUAGGGUCGUUGUCCUGUUAGAAGGUGAACCUUCGCCCCAGUCUCUCAGGAGCAGGUUUUAAUUAAGGAUUUCUCUGUACUUUGCUCCGUUCAUCUUUCCCUCGAUCCUCAACCCAGUCCCUGCCGCUGAAAACAGCCCCACAGCAUGAUGCUGCCACCACCAUGCUUCACCGUAGGGAUGGUGCCAGGUUUCCUCCAGACGUGACGCAUGGCAUUCAGGCCAAAGAGUUCAAUCUUGGUUUCAUCAGACCAGAGAAUCUUGUUUCUCAUGGUCUGAGAGUCCUUUAGGUGCCUUUUGGCAAACUCCAAGUGGGCUGUCAUGUGCCUUUUACUGAGGAGUGGCUUCCGUCCGGCCACUCUACCAUAAAGGCCUGAUUGGUGGAGUGCUGCAGAGAUUGUUGUCCUUCUGGAAGGUUCUCCCAUCUCCACAGAGGACCUCUGGAGCUUUGUCAGAGUGACCAUCGGGUUCUUGGUCACCUCCCUGACCAAGGCCCUUCUCCCCCGGGCACCCUGCUCUAGGAAGAGUUGGUGGUUCCAAACUUCUUCCAUUUAAGAAUUUUGGAGUCCACUGUGUUCUUGGGGACCUUCAAUGCUGCAGAAAUUUUUUGCUACCCUUCCCCAGAUCUGUGCCUGGACAUAAUCCUGUCUCAGAGCUCUACGAACAAUUCCUUCGACCUCAUGGCUUGGUUUUUGCUCUGACAUGCACUGUCAACUGUGGGACCUUAUAUAGACAGGUGUGUGCCUUUUCCAAAUCAUGUCCAGUCAAUUGAAUGUACCACAGGUGGACUCCAAUCAAGUUGUAGAAACAUCUCAAGGAUGAUCAAUGGAAACAGGAUGCACCUGAGCUCAAUUUCGAGUUUCAUAGCAAAGGGUCUGAAUACUUAUGUAAAUAAGGUAUUUCUGUUUUUUAUUUUUAAUACAUUUGCUAAACUUUCUAAAAACCUGUUUUCGCUUUGCCAUUAUGGGGUAUUGUGUGUAGAUUGAUGAGAAUGUAUUUGUAUUUAAUCCAUUUUAGAAUAAGACUGUAACGUAACAAAAUGUGGAGAAGGGGUCUGAAUACUUUCCGAAUGCACUGUAAAUGGGUUAUACAUAUUUAUGAAUGCUUAAAGCAGUCUUACACAGGGUCCUCCUUCAGGCGCUGACAAACGCAUUAAAGAUUCAUUACAUGGAUAAACAUCAAACACAACAUCAUAAUGGUCUGACAUUUAGUUAGUGUCCUCAUGUAAUCACCACCUCGUUAGCAAGAUGUACCAUGCAUAAUUCCAUGCUCGCAGUGUUUCUUUUGCAUCCACUGUGGAAUGGUUUUCCUUCCCACUGUGCUCCUGCUUGCUCUUUGGGUCCAGGCUGGGUUACUGUAAAGCACUUUGUGACAACUGGUGAUGUAAAAAACGACUUUCUAAAUACAUUUUGAUUGAUUUAUUGAUUACCCAUGCUGUCUGUGUGAUUGACAGGUUCAUCCCUCGCCAUGACGAUGAGCUGAUGCUAGAGGUGGAUGACCCCCUGCUGAUGGAGGUUCAGGCUGAUGACCUGUGGUGUAAGGCCUACAACAUGAGGACUGGGGCCAGCGGCAUCUUCCCUGCCUACUACGCUGCCAAGGUCACACUGGAACACAGCAAAGGUAUCAAAUAUGGUUUAUUUAACCCAUUACACAGUGUUUAUUAUGGUUUAUUUAACCCAUUACACAGUGUUUAUUAUGGUUUAUUUAACCCAUUACACAGUGUUUAUUAUGGUUUAUUUAACCCAUUACACAGUGUUUAUUAUGGUUUAUUUAACCCAUGACACAGUGUUUAUUAUGGUUUAUUUAACCCAUUACACAGUGUUUAUUAUGGUUUAUUUAACCCAUUACACAGUGUUUAUUAUGGUUUAUUUAACCCAUUACACAGUGUUUAUUAUGGUUUAUUUAACCCAUUACACAGUGUUUAUUAUGGUUUAUUUAACCCAUUACACAGUGUUUAUUAUGGUUUAUUUAACCCAUUACACAGUGUUUAUUAUGGUUUAUUUAACCCAUUACACAGUGUUUAUUAUGGUUAUUUAACCCAUUACACAGUGUUUAUUAUGGUUUAUUUAACCCAUUACACAGUGUUUAUUAUGGUUUAUUUAACCCAUUACACAGUGUUUAUUAUGGUUUAUUUAACCCAUUACACAGUGUUUAUUAUGGUUUAUUUAACCCAUUACACAGUGUUUAUUAUGGUUUAUUUAACCCAUGACCACAGUGUUUAUUAUGGUUUAUUUAACCCAUUACACAGUGUUUAUUAUGGUUUAUUUAACCCAUUACACAGUGUUUAUUAUGGUUUAUUUAACCCAUUACACAGUGUUUAUUAUGGUUUAUUUAACCCAUUACAGUGUUUAUUAUGGUUUAUUUAACCCAUUACACAGUGUUUAUUAUGGUUUAUUUAACCCAUUACACAGUGUUUAUUAUGGUUUAUUUAACCCAUUACAGUGUUUAUUAUGGUUUAUUUAACCCAUUACACAGUGUUUAUUAUGGUUUAUUUAACCCAUUACACAGUGUUUAUUAUGGUUUAUUUAACACAUUACACAGUGUUUAUUAUGGUUUAUUUAACCCAUUACACAGUGUUUAUUAUGGUUUAUUUAACCCAUUACACAGUGUUUAUUAUGGUUUAUUUAACCCAUUACACAGUGUUUAUUAUGGUUUAUUUAACCCAUUACACAGUGUUUUAUUGUAUUUGAUUUAAUCCAUUAUAAGGGAUUUGAACAUAGCAAAGGUAAUGCCAUCAAUACACUUUGGGCAUCAAUGUUUGGUUAUAGGAUCAAUAUGGGCAUUCUACGAAAUGCCUGAAAGAAAUUAGCCUGAGUGCCAGUCUGUUCGUGCUCUCUUGCCAACUCCUUGCCACUCAUUGUCAUACCAAACAGCCAGUAGGAGUUGGUCUUUUGGAGAGAACACAAAAAGGUUCUUUAAAAAGCAGUAAUUGGCUCUGAAUGAACCUCUACUGGAUACUAUGCUGAUGAAAUGAAAUCUGUGCGGACCAGCAUUGAAUGUUGUUGAAAUUUGCCCUUGUCUUACCCAAAUAAUGACAGCUCUUCACUGCUAUUAAUACCAGUAUGUAAUGCUCCUAACUGUAAAUCAAACCAUUCUCUCCUCUUAUAUCAAUUAGAUGACAAAGAUGACUGGGUUGACAGAUUCCGUGUGAAGUUCCUUGGCUCUGUUAACGUACCGUACCACAAAGGCAACGAUGUGCUUUGUGCUGCUAUGCAAAAGGUAGAGUAUUAGCCCCCCUAGUGGUGUGCUGGAGUUUCUAAUCUAAACCCUCGUUUCACAAUCCUCAUUUGGAAUUAAUGUAGACGGAAUGUGAUCUGGAAGUUAACUGUACUUACAGAAAAGUCUGAGACUGGAUUUGCUAAAUUAAAAGGUACACAAGUAAACACGGUAUUUGAAUCUGACUAUGUUGUUCUUGUUCGGUCAAUAGAUUGCUACCAACCGGCGGAUGACCAUGCAGCCUCCCUCGACAUGUAUUCUGGAGAUCAACAUGAAGGGGGUGAAGAUCAUAGUGCAAGAUGAAUGCAGGACCUCGGAAAGAGUAUGUCCUCUCUUAUACCCUAAAAUGGCCUUAUUCCAUGCUUCACUGUUAUUAGUUUAUGCAUCAUUGUUCAAGGCCCAUGUUUCAUUUGGAUUAGCUAGAUACAUGUUGUGGUAGCAGGGUGGACACUGCCAGUCUGUUCACAGUGUGGUAGCAGGGUGGACACUGCCAGUCUGUUCACAGUGUGUUAGCAGGGUGGACACUGCCAGUCUGUUCACAGUGUGGUAGCAGGGUGGACACUGCCAGUCUGUUCACAGUGUGGUAGCAGGGUGGACACUGCCAGUCUGUUCACAGUGUGGUAGCAGGGUGGACACUGCCAGUCUGUUCACAGUGUGGUAGCAGGGUGGACACUGCCAGUCUGUUCACAGUGUGGUAGCAGGGUGGACACUGCCAGUCUGUUCACAGUGUGGUAGCAGGGUGGACACUGCCAGUCUGUUCACAGUGUGGUAGCAGGGUGGACACUGCCAGUCUGUUCACAGUGUGUUAGCAGGGUGGACACUGCCAGUCUGUUCACAGUCUUGCAUUAUGACCACUCAGUCUUAAGACUUUUUAAGCCUCCUCACUCGUGGUGCACCGACAGUGUGCCCUUUUGGACUGGCUUACUGUAUGAACAAGCUCUCAGACACAGACCAUAGGGUCUCAGCUUAAUAUUCUGUUUAACUGGUGUGCUGUGGCCUGCGUGUCAGUCUGUUUCUGCCGAUUGGAUGACAUGCCAAACAUGAGCAGAAACAGACGGGCUUCCAUGCUAGCAUGAUGCCUUCACUCAGGCUCAAUAGUAACUGUGCCCAUAGCAACAGAAUGAGUAGGAUACAUUCUAUGAGUACUUGUUCUAAUUCUAUAACUGUACUUUCUCUGACAUCACACGCUAGUGCAGCAACUGACCGUGACUAUCUCUCAUCUCUAUGUAUAUUUUCACAGGGGGAUAAGUGCUUUCACUUUUUUCAGCUUAAGAACAUCUCAUUUUGCGGCUGUCACCCAAAACAUAACAAGUGAGUAAAUUAACUAUCAUGACACAUACUAAACUAAGGAAGUAAUUCAACUUAAAGCUAUAUAAAUACUGUACAAAAGCGGAUUCAUUGCAUAAAGAAAUAUGGGAUUUUAAAAAGCUGUAACUCAAGGGUACAAAGACUAGCAAUUGAGAGUUGCUACUCAACUCUAGACACUGUAUCUGGAGCAUAUUGCAUCAUGUCUCUCCCAUUGCGCUCUCCCAUCCAGGUAUUUUGGAUUCAUCACUAAACAUCCUGAUCAUAAGCGGUUUGCUUGUCAUGUCUUCAUGUCAGAUGACUCCAUGAUGCCACUGGCUGCGUCUGUUGGGUAAGCUCUCAACUUAAUCUUUCCUCCUUUCUCUCUACCACUCAUCCCUUCUUACUAUCCAAAUAUGCUAAUGUACAUGUACAUCGCACUGUUUAUAUAAACACAUGUUUCUAUUAACAAAUUACUACUGACUAUUUGUACCUAACUCCUCUUUUGUUGUUCCUGUACAUAUAGGAAAGCCUUCCAACUGUACUACAAGGAAACAGUGGGAUACUCCUGCCCAACAGAGGACAUCUUCAUUGAAUAGCGUUCUCUCAAUAGUAUAUUUCUCCAAUAUUGUGUCAUGAUGAAACAACUUGCAUGGUGGAUUUUAAACUGCAAUGAAUGGUAACGCUUUGGCCGCCUCCUAAAAUAAAUAUUUACAAUAUGCCAGUAAAUAACCAUUUAGUAAUACUGAUCUGCAACACAAUCUCCUUGGUGCAGCUUUCUACUCACUGUCAUGUUUCUACAGCACAAACAUGUCUACAGAAAUACCCAAACUAAAGCGUUACCAGUCCUAUCUAAAAGAGCAUAGAUGCAUCUUCCUCACAAAGGUUAUUGGCCAAAGGUACAGUACUGUUAACUGUAAAGUGUGCAGCCAAAUGUGAGGACGGUACUACUGUACAGAGAAACCAACAAGUAGUUACAGAUCACACUCAAUAUCAAGAUAGAAUAUGUUUGUGGCUUUAUGAGCUAUUCCAAAUUAUAUGAGAUCACUAUCAAGUCACCUGGAAACCUCGUCUCUGUACGGAGGAAGACAGUGGCAGUGAUUUCAAUCUGUCUACGUGUCCCUGGACUGUUUUUAGUAUCACACUGUUUGAUUUCAGAUUCAGUUAGUAUGUAUGUUGGAAAGUUUAUUUAUGGAAUAAUGGUCCAUCACAUCAUGACAGGCUUUAAAUGAAAUGCAGUCCGUCAGUGCAUUCUCACCAAUUAACUAUGUGAAAAUUAACUCUGACUGGGGCUUGUCAUCUAUCUGCCAAUACCAAAAAGGUAAAUUGACUCUUAUUUUUUUACUGUCGUGAAAGGAAUGUCAUUUCAAUUUAAGAAAUGGAAAAUAGUAGUCUGUUAUUUAAGAAUUCAUGUCUAUUGGUGGGUAAGCAGGUGUAAGUUAAGAAUGGUAGCCUAAUAACAUUGUUUCCUACAUAAUUACAUCAUGCUCUAUCACGUUCUGUUUGGAAUUCUAUCCGGGUGACCCUCAAAAAUGACAAUCUACAGACAAAAAAGCCCUACGUAUUAAUACUACUCCUACUGUAACCUGGAAACAAUAUGUUUGGCCAAAAUUGUAAGGUGGAAUCACUGUAUAAGGAAAAUAUUUAAAUACAUAUGAUCUUGGAAUCACUGUGGUCUUACCACUUUAAAAGUCAUCCAGAAGGCACGUGUUCGGAAAUCAAAACCACAAGUAGUGCCUAUUUUCUAAUUAUUGUGAUUACUGUUUACAGUAUGUAUUUCCUUUUUAUUUGAGAUUAUUCUCCUGGCACUGUGGGACAGACGUAUUACCUGUACAAUAUGCUGUUUGUAAAUGAAAUGUCCUACAGUAGAUUUGAUCAAACCCAACGUGUAUUGCAUGAUAUCAAUGUCAAACAAAACGAUGUAGAGAAAGAAACAGGAGGUCAAUUCUUGUCAUUAAAUCUGAAGGUGUUUAAAUCCUCUCUGAACUUCUCUGAAACUCAGUCGGGGUCUCAACUUAC